AUGGCGAUUGCUUCUUUUAAUGUGAAUAGCCUUUUACGUCAUAUUGACGAGAUUCGUCUUCUUAUUAAUGACCUUGCGAUUCAUAUUCUGGCCGUUAAUGAGACUAAAAUUGAUGAUAAAAUAGACAAUGAUCUUGUCAGUAUUGAGGGCUAUUCGAUUAAAAGAAGUGAUCGUAACCGCAAUGGUGGAGGUGUAGCUUUGUAUAUAAAAGACGCAUCUUUUGAUAAAGUCACUGUCAGGACGGACCUUCCUCUAUCCAAUUUAGAAGGUAUCUGUAUUGAGGUGAAACCUGUGAAGGCUGCACCGUUUCUUGUUAUGUCGUGGUACCGUCCUCCUGAUGCGUCAGUUGAAAUCUUUCGUCAACUGGAAGAGUGUUUACAGGUUCUCGACAAGGAGAACAGGGAUAUAAUCCUCCUUGGCGACACAAACUGUGAUUUUUUACCAAUAGUUUCUGGGGCUGAGGAUACUUGUACCCCCGAUAACCUUCAACCACAUUCGAAGUACUUACUUGACAUUUAUGAUCGUUUCGGUCUAAAACAGUUGAUCAAAAGAAGUACAAGGGAAACUCUUACAACUGCCACUCUGAUUGAUCAUAUUGCCACAACUAAUAAAGCUUUUAUUGUAGAAUCUGGUGUUUAUGAGACAACAAUAAGUGAUCACUAUUUGGUCUACUGUGUUAAAAGAUUUAGAGAUACUGCUAAAAAACAGCACAAAAACAUUUCCACUCGGCAAAUGAAAAAUUUCAACGAAGAAAACUUUCUUAGUGAUCUUCAACAAAUUGACUGGAAAAGCAUUGUUUCAAAUACCGAUGAUAUAAACCUCAUCGUUGAGCAAUGGACAAAUAUGUUCUCGUUGAUUCUAGAAAAACAUGCUCCUUUACGCUGCAGGAGGGUUUCAGAAAAGUUUUGCCCCUGGUUGACGAAGGAUUUCAAAUGUUUGUCUGCUACAAGAGACAGGUUGAAAUUGGCAGCUGUGCGCUCAAAGUCCAAAAUUUUCAUGGAUGCUUAUAAACAAAUGAGAAAUAGGGUCAAUAGAUUAAACAAAGAUUUAAAGCGCGAAUAUUUUACGAAUAAGAUUGCCCUUUCCCAAGGUGAUCUUAAAAACACUUGGAAAACCAUUAACAUGGUUCUCAAUAAGAAAUCAAAAACGACUCAAAUUCAGUCACUUGAUGUUGAUCUUUCAAAAACUUGA